GCCCCGGGGACGGGGAUGAGCUCGGGCUGGCGCCGCAGUUGUGAGCAUCUGGCCAUCAACUACAGCAAGUUCUGGAUCCCGGACAGAGAACCGGCGCACAGGCCGCCUGAGGUGCGGGCAGGGGGCUGUUGCCCCAACAUGAGAGUGUGGCGACAUCCCGCCGCCCUGCGUGUCCCGCCCACCGACCCCCCACUCCAGAUGGCUGCUGACUGUGGCUUAGAAUGGGACGUGCCCACUAACAACAGGAAUUCUAAUAAGGUUGAAACUGACUUCACAAAAAAUGGAAAACUGUCAGAAGGCAGAAGCAAGCCAUCGUACAAGAUGUUGAUCCAGAAGCUGGCGGAGCUGAACACGCUGGGGGAAUCUGGUGGCGAUCUGAGGAAGGUUUACAGAUCCACGCCGGAGGCAGAGCAGGUGUGGAAGAAAAACACUGUGAAUCAGCAGCUGGAGCCCACUGGGGCCUCAACAGGCAGCGUACAGACGUCAGGUCCACAGCGGGAUGUCCACUUCCACUCAUCGUUGCCACCGCGUGCCUCUGCCUUGCACAACGCCCGAUGGCCGGGGAUCGAGGGGUGCAGAGGUGACGGUGAGCCCAUCGACCCGUUCCACUGUCGGCCCAUCCCGGUGAGGAGGGGGGACCGGCGCUUCUUCCUCCCUCUGUGGAUCCUGAAGCCCACCAACAACAAGCCCAGCGUGCUGCUGCCCGGUGGCCAAUGCACCGCCCGCCGUUCCUGCGUGGACCUUGGCCAGGAUCCCUCGGAAGCCGAGGAGAUGUCCUCUGGGCAAAAGAUGGAGGAAGAGGACAGCGGGUACCCCUACCCCGACUUCCUGCCGCCGCCUUUCAACAGGGUGGACUUUGGCGAGUUGUCCUUGCUGGAGGAGCACCAGUGGAAAGAUGCCCUGCCCGCCAGACCCAACAGCCCCUUGGGCCGACUGAUCAACCGCAUCGUGCAGUUGGAGAAGACCCAGCUCCUGACCAUCCAGAGGGAGAAGGGCAGGCAGCCGGACACGGGGCCGGGAUCCAGCCCCAAGGCCUCCUCCUCCUCCACCCGCAAGAAGGCCAAGAGGAGCAGGAAGUGCCGGAGAGGAGACCUGGCCUGCCUGCAGCAGCAACAGCCCUACUCCGAGGCGUGCCUCAAGAAGGCCAACCCGGCCAAGAUGGGCCACCACAAGCACCCGUACCGGGUGUCGUCCGGCCAGUCCUGCAGCGACCCCCACGAUCUGCACUCGUCCAGCGAGGACCUGAAACACAGGAGGCACCGCAGGGCCAACUGGAGCUCCUACCUCCCCUACAAGCGCAAUGUCCCCGAACAGGUCAUCCUCAGCAGGAACGACUCUGCCUUCGUCAAUAACCAACCCUUCAGCGCAGUGGAUGCUGGGCAAACCCUGGCUGUACACAACAAGCCCGCCAACAUCAUACACUACAAGCACAAGAAGAAGCAGGUGUAGCCUGCAUCCUUCCCGCAGAACUGAAAUACUCGUCUCUGCACAGAACCCUCGUAUCUCCCCCUCUUGUCUCGAAUCUUCCCCUGAAUCACAUCACCAAAAUUUACUCCUCCUUUUCCCACACCUAGAUACUGCAGAUUUUUACGAUGUCACUGUUUUCUCUUUUAAAAAAAAAUAUAUAUAUAUAUAUGUUGGGAAUAAAGAUGAAUUUUAAUACUUUACCAGUAAAGAUUUGUGAGUAGGUGACCACAAGCAAAUGGUUUUGGAGACUGGAUAGACUCGGCUUGUACUCGCUAGAAUUUAGAAGAUUGAGGGGGAUCUUAUAGAAACUUACACAAUUCUCAAGGGGUUGGACAGGCUAGAUGCAGGAAGAUUGUUCCCAAUGUUGGUGAAGUCCAGAACAAGGGGUCACAGUUUAAGAAUAAGGGGAAAAUCUUUUAGGACCGAGAUGAGAAAAAGAUUUUUUACACAGAGAGUGGUGAAUCUCUGGAAUUCUCUGUCACAGAAGGUAGUUGAGGCCAGUUCAUUGGCUAUAUUUAAGAGGGAGUUAGAUGUGGCCCUUGUGGCUAAAGGGAUCAGGGGGUAUGGAGAGAAGGCAGGUACGGGAUACUGAGCAGUACAGGAUGAUCAGCCAUGAUCAUAUUGAAUGACGGUGCAGGCUUGAAGGGCCGAAUGGCCUACUCCUGCACCUAUUUUCUAUGUUUCUACGUUUUUCACAAUUGCUGCAAAGUUGUGAAUUAGUCUUUAGUGAAAGAAAAAUAUGAAUCCAGUGAAGGGCCUGGAUAGAGUGGAUUUGUUUUAGUUUUAGUUUAGAGAUAGAGUGCGGAAACAAGCCCUUCUGCCCAUCAUGUCCGCACCAACCAGCGAUCCCCACAAUUUAACAUUAUCCUGCGCACACCAGGAACAAUUUUACAUUUAUGCCAAUGUCAAUUAAGCUACAAGCCUUUGGAGUGUGGGAGGAAACCAGAGCACCCGGAGAAAACCCACGCAGGUCACGGGGAGAACGUACAAACUCCGUAGGGAUUGAAACCGGGUCUCUGGCGCCGUGAGGCAGCAACUCUACCGCUGCGCCGACCAUGUGGACGUGGAGAGGAUGUUUCCACUAGUGGGAAGAUUACAGCUGUGAUGUCACAAUGGGAUUGUGGCCCUGCUCCCCAACAUUGUACAAGUACACUGAGUCCUGCUAGCUCUAGCAAGUGCCAAUGCAUUUUUUUUAAAGGCACAGUACACUUAGUUCUGCUAGCUAGUUCUGCUAGCUAGCAAGUGCAAUUGCAUUUUUUUUUUAAGUUUAAAAAUGAGGGAGGGUGAAUGAGGCAAAAUGAGCAGUUCCUGCACAGUUGGGGGCCCUGGUUGAGUGGUGGAGUAUUGCGUUGAGGAACCAGUUGCAUUGGAGGACCAGGCCUCCCGUGGGGGUUAUGGAUGAGUGGUGGAAUAUUGCGUUGGGGAACGGGUUGCGUUGGCGGACCAGGCCUCCUGUGAGGGCUAUGGGUAAAUGGUGGAAUACUGCAUUCGGGGAACAGGUUGCAUUGGGGGACUAGGUCUCCUGUGUGACAGUCCCACUUGGUCUGGUUUACUAAAAUUCUCAUCUUUGUUAGUAUAUCCGUGAUUCUGUUCCUGAAAUUACGCCAAAAUGGUACACGAUAACAUUACAAUAUUUGGCCCACCUUACUCAGCAUUGUUCUGUGGUGUGUUGUAUCUAGUUUUGUUCAGAUUUAUGGUAUAUUUUACAAGUUAUUUACAUUUUAAACUUUACAAAAACCACUUUGACAAAAAUCUCUUCCAUCUGCACUGGCCGUUAGCAGCGUACGAUGUCACGAUGGGAUCUCAUUUAUAUAAACUUCCCGCCAGCAGUGUUCCACCUCACAAUGACAUCAAGAGGGAUAGGGAGGGGAGAGGGGU